UAAACUCGGUUUCCCUCUUCUGCUAAGCGCCCCUAACGUUUGUUUCUGCAGUCAUCAUCAACUGUCAUUAUUAGUGAGAGAGAUGUGUUGAAAUGGUCGUUCUGCGGCAGAAGCAGCUGCUGUUGCUUUCUGUCCUUGCUCUUCUUGAGAAUGGCCGAGAUGUAUGAUAAAAGCUGCCCAUCUUCUAAAGAAAACAACGAAGACGACAUGUCGGUCUUCCUUCACCAUCUCCUCUCUUCUUCCACGUCAUCAACAGCUGUGGCAGCAGACAAAGGACCCAAGGAAGAAAUCCUCCUCCCAUACUCUUCCUCACUUUCUUCUUCUGAUGCUGCUCUCGCCCUCGCUGCCAAGAGAGCCGCUGUUCUUGUUCCUCACUCCUCCUCGUGGGAUUUCUUCUCCCCCAUCAAGACUCUACCUCACGAUCUCGUCCGUCCAUCGCUCCAUCCCCCUUCCGAUAGGGACAGGGACCGCACAUCCACCGCCGAGUCAUCUGCCGUCCUCGACUCCACGUCUCAAAUUCUUCUGUCUUCUGCAGCUCAUGCCCCACCUUGGCCUGAGAAGAAAGAAGCAGAUGGUUCUGGGGACUGCGAUGCUGCGCCCACUAGGAGGCAGAAGCUCCCGUCCGAUGCUGAUUUCGAUGAUUACGAUUGCGAGAGCGAGGAAGGGGCGACGGAAGCAUCGGAGGAGCCAUCAAAGCCGUUUCCUCCUCGGACCGGCCUAAAGAGAAGCAGAGCAGCUGAAGUUCAUAACCUAUCUGAAAAGCUAGUGAUUGUGUACUUUGAUGGACAGAGGAGGAGGAGCCGGAUCAAUGAGAAAAUGAAAGCCUUGCAGAAUCUCAUUCCCAAUUCUAAUAAGACGGAUAAGGCUUCGAUGCUUGACGAAGCCAUUGAAUAUCUCAAGCAACUUCAGCUCCAAGUACAAAUGUUGUCAAUGAGAAAUGGGCUGAACUUGCAUCCCAUGUAUCUGCCAGGACCUUUGCAGCCUUUGCAAGUGCCCCAGAUGCAUGUUGGCUUUGGUGUGGGAAGCAGCUCCCUACAUGUUAACAUGGGAGUAGGCAUGCUUCCCAUGAACCAGGAUUCCACAACAAGAAGCUCGUUUGGUCCACCAAAUCAAUGCAACCCCACGCAACAUCAGCCCAUGGUCAUACCCAGCUUAACGAAUAUCACCAAUUCAGAGUCAUCAUUCGAUUUGGACAUAUCACGGGCCCACCAUGGACCCUUUCAGUUUCCCUCAGCUAUUGAGGAAAUGUACAGCGAAGACAUCACCCCACAACAACAUUUAGAUGCAAGUCACUCUACUGCAAACCCAUCAGGCGGAUCCUCUUAGCCAGCAACGACUAUCCAUUUACUGAAAUCAGGUGGACGACCUUCAAAGCCACUUUCCUGUUUUAUUUAACUUUCUGAACUGAACUUUUCUGAAAGAAAUAAAAUGAAACCCAUGGUCUGAUCUCUACAUUUGGGCUGACAAGCAACGGUUGUGGAGGAGACUACUGACUGUCUGGAAACAUGCACGUCAUGUGGUGAAAAGAUCACCCAUGUUCACUUCUAGAAGGUGUCAAUGGCUACUUUUUUUUUUUGGUCAGUUUAGAGACAGGAAGAUACAUGCCCCAAUGACGACAACAACGUGAAGAUAAGCAUUAUGUCUUUGACAUUUGCCGCUGUCCUUAAACGCUUUUUGGUUGGUUGUGUGCGCUGGUCAAGCUGUAACAUCAUGAAACGCUGACCAUCUGACCUUCUGCCUCUGCUGAUAAUCUCACCAUGUUUUUCUUGUAAGAGCUAUGCUCAUGGAGUUUGAACAUUCUGGAUUCAAAUGCCUUAAAAGUAGAGGUUUCAAUGCGAUGAUUGUUGUUCCUGUCGUAAAUUGCACCACCUGUAAAAAUAUGUGAAAGAUGGGAAUUUGGGGCAUUGUAGUGUUCUCUGGUUAAUUUAUGAACUGCAUGAUGUGAA